AUGGCCGACUUCGACCUCAACUCGGCAUUCAUCCCAGCCUUGCAUAAGCCGACUGCGCUGCUGCCAAUUGCUAAGCACCGCAAGGCGCUGCUUUAUCUCAUUGAGACGAAACAGGUCACCAUCGUUGUUGGUCAGACCGGUUCCGGGAAGACCACCCAAAUUCCCCAGUUCCUCGAGGCAGCGGGAUGGUGUGCAGAUGGCAAGGUCAUUGGCAUCACGCAGCCUCGAAGAGUCGCUGCGACAACGGUCGCCGUGCGAGUUGCGGAAGAGUUCGGCUGCGAGAUAGGCAAGGAAGUGGGCUAUGCAAUCCGCUUCGAAGAUGCCACCUCCGCCCAGACUCGCAUCAAGUUCAUGACCGACGGUUUGCUCAUCAGAGAGGCUCUUGUAGACCCACUGCUGACGAGGUAUUCCGUCAUCAUGGUGGACGAGGCUCACGAACGCUCCAUCAGCACCGACAUUCUCCUAGGCCUGCUCAAGAAGAUUCUGAAGAAGCGACCAGAUUUGCGUGUCAUAAUCAGCAGCGCCACAUUGCAGGCAGAAGAGUUUCUAAAGUUCUUCACAACCAGCCCAGGUGACGGGGAUCAGAAACUCACGACAAAACCGGGCGAUGACAGCGCGACAAAGGCUGCCACUUCUGGCGACGAUAAGUCUGCCAUCAUAUCUCUGGAAGGAAGAACUUUCCCCGUUGACCUACUCUAUCUCGAGUCACCGACGGAAAACUAUUUCGAAAGGGCCAUCUCAACUGUCUUUGACAUACACGAAAACGAAGACGAAGGAGACAUCCUGGUGUUCCUCACCGGCCGCGAGGAGAUUGAUGAAGCCUGCCAGGCCGUCGCUGAUCGUCUCCUCAACUUGCGAAGUCAAGAAAAGAAGUUGCAGGCACUCCCGCUCUACGCGGGUCUCACUACGGAACAGCAGAUGUAUGUCUUCGACAAGCCGCCCGAGGGCACAAGAAAGGUCGUGUUUGCGACCAACAUCGCUGAGGCGUCCAUCACCAUCGACGGUAUUGUCUAUGUCGUCGACUGUGGUUUUGCCAAGCUCAGGGCGUACAAUCCCACGACGAGCAUAGAGUCUCUCAUCUCGACCCCAAUCUCCAAAGCCUCAGCAAACCAACGCGCCGGCAGAGCAGGACGUACGAGACCGGGCAAAUGUUUCCGACUUUACACCGAAGAAUCUUUCUUGAGUCUACCCGAGUUCACCGUCCCUGAGGUUCAGCGGUCUAAUCUCGCACCCUUCAUCUUGCAGCUGAAGGCGCUAGGCAUCGACAACGUCCUCCGCUUUAACUUCCUCAGCCCACCGCCGGCGGAGUUGAUGGCCAAAGCCUUGGAACUACUCUACUCACUGGGAGCACUCGACGAUUAUGCAAAGCUCACGAAACCACUGGGCUACAGGAUGGCAGAGAUCGCCGUCGAGCCGAUGAUGGGCAAAACUCUCCUCAGCGCGUCGUCAUUCGGCUGCCUCAGCGAGAUCCUGACCAUCGCGGCGAUGACCUCUGCAGGUGGGAACAACGUUUGGUUCUACCACGACGGCGAGCGCAAGCAGAUGGAGACCUCCAGGCGGCUGUUUGCGGCCGAGGAAGGCGACCACUUAACCCUGCUCAACGUCUACCAAGCUUUCGUCAUGAAGGGCAAAAAGGAGUCCAAGUUCGCCCGCGACCACAAUCUCAACUUCAAAACCCUGACGCGCGCAGUGAGUAUACGCGCGCAGCUGAAGCGAUAUCUCGAAAAGUUCGGCAUCACGGUCGAAGAGUCCCUCGGCGCCAAGGGCCAAGACAACGUUAAAAAGGCGGAGCAGAUACGGCGGUGUCUCACGGCAGGAUACUUUGCGCACGCGGCGAGGAUGCAGCCGGACGGGACGUUCCGCAACGUGACGGGCGAGACGACGCUCCAUGCCCACCCGAGCUCGCUCAUGUUCAACCGCAAGGCUGACUGGGUCAUCUUCCACGAGGUCAUGGAGACCAGCAAGAAGAUAUUCAUCCGGGAUAUCACCAAGAUCGAGAAGGACUGGCUUGUGGAAUACGCGCCGGAGUUUUACCAGGUGGUGGACACUUCAGCGUCGGCGGCCACGCGAGGCUGA